AUGGUCUCUAAUAAGCAAGUCAUCUUCACAAAGAUCCCUACAGGUUACCCUCAACCAGGCGAACACAUGCAAGUCAAGGAAUCAACCAUUGACCUCGAUCAAGAACUUCCCAAGGGUACAUUUAUAAUCAAGAACCUCGUCUUUUCCGUUGAUCCGUACAUGCGUGGCCGUAUGAGAGAUCCUUCUAUCCAAUCUUACGCGCCUGCCUUUGACUUGAACAAGCCGAUGACAGGUGACACGAUGGGUGUUGUCAUUCGAUCUAACCAUCCUGAUUACAAAGUGGAUGACCUUGUAUACGGUCGUACAGCUCGUGGCCUUUUUGAAGAGUAUUCGCUUGUCAAUGCAGAAUAUGCCAAGAAUUCAUAUGUCGUUCGUAAUGAUCCCAAGGAAAAUGGUCUCCCUAUUAGACAUUAUGUUGGUGUCUUAGGUAUGCCUGGUAUGACAGCUUAUUAUGGAUUGCAUGAAAUUGGUAAACCCAAGAAAGGCGAAACACUCUACGUCUCGGCUGCUGCAGGUGCUGUUGGUCAAUUGGUAGGCCAAUUCGGCAAGGCUUUGGGCCUCUACGUGGUUGGUUCAGCAGGUAGUGAUGAAAAGGUCGAAUACUUGAAAUCCUUGGGCUUUGAUUGUGCCUUUAACUAUAAGAAUGGCUCCAUUUACGAUAAUUUGGCCAAGUAUUGCCCAAAUGGUAUUGACAUCUACUAUGAAAACGUGGGUGGUGAAAUGCUCGACGCUGUCUUGAAACAUGCCAAUAACUAUGCUCGAAUUAUUGCCUGUGGUAUGAUUUCUCAAUAUAACCGUGAAAAGCCUGAUCCGAUCUAUAAUCUCAUGAAUAUCGUGGCUAAGCGAAUCACGGUGCAAGGCUUUAUCAUCAUGGACCAUAUGGACUUUGAAGAACAGUUUCUCAAGGAUGUUACCUCUUUACUGUUGAGCGGUAAAGUCAAGUACCGAGAAGAUAUCGCAGAAGGUAUUGACAAGACUCCAGAGGCUCUUUGUGAUGUCUUGUAUGGUAGAAACUUUGGUAAGCAAGUGGUUCAUAUCGCUGAUUUGUAA